AUGGGUAGAUCACCGUGCUGUGAUAAGGGUGGCUUAAAGAAAGGGCCUUGGACACCUGAAGAGGAUCAGAAGCUUUUGGCAUACAUUGAAGAACAUGGCCAUGGAAGCUGGCGUUCUUUGCCUGAGAAAGCCGGUCUCCAAAGGUGUGGAAAGAGCUGCAGACUCAGAUGGACUAACUACCUAAGACCUGACAUCAAGAGAGGCAAAUUCACUCUUCAAGAAGAACAAACCAUCAUUCAACUCCAUGCUCUCCUCGGAAACAGGUGGUCAGCGAUUGCAACUCACUUGCCAAAAAGGACAGACAACGAGAUCAAGAACUAUUGGAACACGCACUUGAAGAAGCGUCUGGUUAAAAUGGGGAUAGAUCCGGUGACUCACAAGCACAAAAACGAGACUCUUUACUCUUCCACUGGCCAAUCCAAGAACACAGCCACACUUAGCCACAUGGCUCAGUGGGAGAGCGCUCGUCUCGAAGCUGAAGCUAGGCUUGCUAGAGAAUCUAAGCUUCUCCAUAUACACAACAACUCAUCUCCUCAACAUUGCUUCACUCACAAGUCAUCAUCAACAAAUUGGACAAAGCCAAACCAAGAUCAACAACAGCUUGAAUCUCCGACAUCGACGCUGACAUUCUCCGAGAAUCUCCCUCUCGUGAUUACGCCAUUGGGAAUCCCAACGGAAAACAGAAACAGAAACGACAAUAACAUCGAGUCCUCUGAGAUUCCGGCGAUGAUUGAAUUCGCAGUCUCGUCCUCAACCUCCUCCGACGUGACUCUGGUCAAAGACACCGAACACGACUGGAUGAGGCAAAUCAACUGCCCAACUCCAACAGAAGGAAACGAGGAAGGAUUCACAAGCCUCCUUCUCGGAGAUUCAAUCGGCCGGAGUCACUCCACCGGGAAAAACGAUGAGGCGACCGCCGCCGCCGUAGACUACAACUACUACGAGGAUAACAAGAACUACUGGAAUAGCAUUCUCAACUUGGUGGAUUCUUCACCGUCAGAUUCGCCGACGAUGUUCUGA